AUGGGACAAACAUCCACAUCCAUCGUCGACGCCUCCGACGCAUCCCUCUUCUCAACAGCCCCAUACAUCCCCCCCGAUGCCAUCUUCGCCCUCACAGCAAAAUACCUCAACGACACCUCCCCCCAAAAGGUAAAUCUAGGACAAGGCACCUACCGCGACGAACAAGGAAACCCAUGGAUUCUGCCCUCCGUACGGAAAAGUCGAGAAAUCCUGACUGCCCAGAAUGUGAAUCAUGAGUAUUUGCCGAUUCUCGGCCAUGCGGGGUUUAGAAAGGCUGCGACGAGACUUGCGUUGGGAGAGAGGAUUUUCAAUGAACUCGAGAGUAAAAUUGCAAUCUGCCAAAGUCUCUCCGGCACCGGCGCCCUCCACCUCGCAGCACUUCUUCUGCGAUACUCUCAAAGCCCACUCCCAGAAGUCCUCAUCCCCCAACCAACAUGGUCAAACCACCACCAAGUCUUUUCAUCGCUCGGCUUCAAAUGCCAAUCCUUCCAGUACUAUGAUUCCAGCAGGCGAGAUCUGGACUUUGAAUCGUACAUCUCCACGCUGAGAUCUGCGACCCCACACUCGAUUGUUAUUCUGCAUGCGUGCGCUCAUAAUCCCACCGGCUGCGAUCCGAGUAAAGAGCAGUGGAGGGAAAUAGGGCGCGUCAUUAAAGAGAGACGCCUAUUUCCUCUGUUCGACUCGGCGUAUCUAGGCUUUAACUCGGGGAAUGUUGACGAUGACGCUUUUGCUAUUCGGUAUUUUGUUGAUGAGUUGAAGCUUGAGGUUGGGGGGUGUUUAUCUUUUGCAAAGAAUAUGGGGCUUUACGGCGAACGCGUUGGCUGCGUCUUCAUCAUCACCAAAACCGACGAUACAGCCAGAAACACGCAAUCUGUGCUUGAAAUGCUGCAACGGUCUGAAGUCUCCAAUCCGCCUGCAUAUGGAGCGAAAAUAGCAGCGACCAUUCUCGACGAUGAUAAAUUACGACAGAUGUGGUAUGAUGACUUGAUAACAAUGAGUUCGCGGAUUCGCUCCAUGAGGCAGGAGUUAUAUAACUACUUGAUUCAGUUUGGAGCACGGGGAACAUGGGACCAUCUUAUCCGGCAAUCAGGCAUGUUUGGCUUUCUGGGACUGUCGUCUGAAGUUGUUGUUCGAUUACGAGAGGAAUAUCACAUCUACAUGGCGGACAAUUCGCGCAUUUCCAUUGCGGGAUUGAAUCCGGGGAAUGUCGAAUAUGUGGCUCGUUCGAUUGCAGAGUGUUUGAAGUAG